AAGGGACAAUCCGCCUCCCUGGUGAUUCACGUGAUUUGAUUUAAGGGGCAAGCAGAAGCUGCUGGCGUUGCUUUUGAAGUUGAUUUAAAAUCAAUAAACAUUUACCCAAAGCAAACACUGAGUAUCUCUGCCUCAGAGUGUAUAUAAUUUGGCACAGUGACAAUGGAUUUUACGAGAUUCAUGAAUAAGUUUAAUGAAAUCGAACGACAAUUGUCGCCAACGUCGGCGCUGCGCCUCAGCUUCGAUAAUAUAUCACCGGAGACCGAGGAGCCGCCCGAUGGCAAGCGUCUGUGGGGCGUUCCAGUGCCGCCAUUUGUCUCCGAUAAGGUCGUCUCCUGGAUCGAGGAGGAGUUCAACGAGGCGCCCGUCUACUACAACGGCAACAGCGUGCUGAAAAAGGUGGAAAAUGUGCGCAUGAUUGAUCGCUACAAUACGAAAAAUCCCACAGUUGGCACUUUAUAUCUGACGGCCACCCAUUUGAUAUUCGUGGAGCCUGACAGCAACAAGGAGACAUGGAUUCUGCACAUGCACAUUGCCAGCAUUGAGAAGCUGCCGCUCAGCACCACCGGCUCCCCGCUGCUGAUACGCUGCAAGACGUUUUUGUCUGUGACAUUUGUCAUACCCAAGGACUCCGAGUGCCAUGACGUUUACACAUCGCUAAUCAAACUCUUUCAGCCGGUCUCCAUCAACAAGCUGUACUGCUUCAAUUAUCAGCCGGCCAAGGAUGACUUUCCCAAGAACGUCGGCUGGGACUUCUUCAAGUUGGAGGCAGAGUUCAAGCACAUGCUGGUGCCCAACGAGAACUGGACCCUGUGCUCCAUGAACGAGAAGUACGAGCUAUGCGACACGUAUCCGCGUCAGAUCUAUGUGCCCAAAGAGGCCACCACGUUGAUGCUGAUAAGCAGCUCGCGCUUUCGCUCCAAGGGUCGCCUGCCCGCUCUGACCUACUUGCACAACAACAAGGCGUCCAUAUGCCGCUGCAGCCAGCCGUUGUCGGGCUUCAGUGCGCGCUGUCUCGAGGACGAGCAAAUGCUGGAGGCCAUUCGCAAAACCAAUCCCAAUAACGAUUAUAUGUUUGUUGUGGAUACGCGACCGCGCAUCAAUGCCAUGGCCAAUCGUGCCGCCGGCAAGGGCUACGAGAACGAGGCAUUUUACGAGAACAUCAAGUUCCAUUUCCUCGGCAUUGAGAACAUUCACGUGCAGCGCGCCAGCCUGCAGAAGGUGCUGGAGGCCUGCGAACAGAAGUCACCCACGAUGAGCGCAUUUCUGAAUGCCCUCGAGUCAUCCGGCUGGCUGAAACACAUUCGCUCCAUAUUGGACACGUCGAGCUUCAUUGCCAAUGCCGUCGACAAGGGCAUCUCUGUGGUGGUGCACUGCUCUGAUGGUUGGGAUCGCACCGCUCAAGUUUGCUCGCUGGCCCAGCUAAUGCUGAAUCCUUAUUAUCGCACAAUCAAGGGCUUUCAGGCCCUCAUCGAGAAGGACUGGCUGGCGUUUGGGCACAAGUUUAGCGAGCGCUGCGGCCACAUUCAGACAGAUGCGCGCGAGGUGUCGCCCAUAUUCACACAAUUCCUGGACUGUACCUGGCAGCUAAUGUCCCAGCGGAGCGAGUCGUUUGAGUUCAAUGAGCGUUUUCUGUUGAUACUGCACGAUCAUGUGCACUCGUGCCAGUUCGGCACCUUUGUGGGCAACUGUGAGAAGGAUCGAUUGGACCUGAAGCUGGCCGAGCGCACUUUCUCGCUGUGGGGCUACAUGUCGAACCACCUGAACGAGUAUAUAAAUCCGCUGUACAAACCCAACGUGGACGAAUCGAUCAAAGCCAAUCUGGCGCCGCAAUGCAUCAAAUUCUGGCGUGGCAUGUACAGCCGCUUUGAGAGUGGCAUACAUCCGCGCGAGCCUCUGGGUGAUUUGCUGCUGGACAGCAAGGAGCACUGUAACUCGCUGGAGGAUCACGUGCAGCACCUGACGAAGCGCAUUGCCAGCUUCAAGAACUACAUUUCCAAGUCGGCCAAGAAGCUGCAGGAUGCCACCACCACAACCACCACCAAAGUUACCAAGGAGCCGACCCCCAAUGAGAUCAAUGACAACAAAUAUAAUUACGACAAGAAGCUAAGCGAAUUGUCUGCUGCCGACGAUGAUCAUCCCCUGAAGGCGAGCAACAUGUCAUUUGCGAAUCUGUCGUUAAAUGCCGAACAAACGAGCCCGCAAGCUUUGAGCGAGGAAAUCUCGUCGGUGGCGCUGGACUGGAAAUCCAUGCGAAAUGUAACCACCUGCUCCUGCUCCACACCCUUUGAUCAAUUCAGCAAAAAGACACAUUGCUGGCGUUGCGGGGAGAUCUUCUGCGAGCGCUGCAUCGAUAAGAAUGUGGCGUUGCCUGGACACGACAGUGGCAAGCCGGUGCCCGUAUGUCGUGGCUGCUUCCGACAGAUGCAAAAGCAGAGUCCUUAAGCCCAAUUCUAGCAUAAUCCUAGUUGUAAAUUGUUGAGCAUGUGACGCGGAGUGAAUGUGGCAAGCGUGCGAGAGUGAGCCGAAUUUGUUUCGGUUGUGUUUUGUGGCAUUAAAUACAUAUACACGGAUUAACAUA